AAUUAUUUUAAAAGGAGUGUUCAUAUCUCAAAGGAUUUCAUCGAUCGCUCGUUAACGUUGGCAUUGCUUCGAAGCCAGGAUUCGAAUUUUGUUUAAAAGUAGAGUAACACUUCAUUUAAGAAAUGAAGAAAUAUGUUGAUGAUGUAACAUGCAAAUCAACAAUGACUGGUAAAAAUUUUUAUUUGUGUCAAGUAAACACACCAACAUCACUUGAAGAGGUUUGCCACUCACACACAGCUGACUCAAUUAAUCCAUUUGAUUCUGUACUGAAUCACUUGAUUCUACAUGGUCAACCUGAUUUGAAACUGCCUUCAACAGAUUUCUACUCAUCAAACUUGAACUCAAGCAUUCCACCUGAAUAUGAGUGGGAAAAUUCUUGCCCAUAUGACUUGGACAAUGAUGAUGAUAAAGGAAAUAAUAUGGACAGUCAUCACUCUAUCCAGCCGACAGCACAUACUAUAUGGAAAGAUGGAGAAGAGUAUGGAAAGAAGGAGUUUGACCAAGUUAGUGGGUUCCAUUUUAGAACUGCUACUCAAGACAAUGAUGAACAUAUUGAUAUAGACAAAAAUUCACUUACUCCUGUGUCAUCCAAUGAACUUCAAAGUUGUGAUUCAUUUAUACCAACUCAUCAAUAUGACUUUCAGUUGUCCAGAACAUUAGACACUGAAGCAUUCAAUUCAUGUCCAAGCGACUUGGACCAAAUUGAUGACAAAGACACUGUCAGCACAAUUCCUUAUCUUCUGCAAUCUCCAAGUAAAAAAGAGCCUGAAAACAUACAAGAGAGGGAUGAUCCAUCAAAUUCUAAGUCAUCAAAUAUAUGCAAAUCCAAGUCACUUUUUCCUUCUGUUUCUGAAUUGAAUCUAUCAGAAUCCAACUCAUACAAUCACUUUCAUUCACCAAAUCAAUCAGAUACUAUGUCUUUUGAUCUUUCACAUAAUUCACAUUUGGAUGCAAACAACCAAUCAGUUUCAUAUUCACUCCAAACUUUGGAUUCAGAGUUGUGUAAUAUUGAGGUUCCCAAGUCACUUGAUCUAAUGGAUUCUGAGGAAUCAGAUUCAACUGUUUCAGAGUCUGUGGAUCAAUCCAAGUUCAAAACACUAAAUCAGUCUCAUGCCAGGUCACCUUGCCUUUCUUAUUUUGAGUUACCUCAUUCACUUGAUUCCAAGUCAAUUAAUCUCUCCAAUUCAGAAUUCUUUCAAUCACUAGAUUUGUUGGUAUCUGAACCAUUUGAAUCAGAUUUACCUGAUAUAUUUGAUUCUAGUUUACCAGAUCAACCUGGUUCUGAUUCACUACAUUUAUCUGAUACUUAUUCACAUGAUUCAUUGGAAUCUAAUCCUACUGUUUCAUCCAAUCCUAAUUCAUUUGAUCUAUCUUAUCCAUAUUUAACAUAUUCAUUUAAUUCUCACUCAAAUAUUUUGUCCAAUUCAAAUGAUUUUUCAAAUUCUGGCGAAAGUUCUCAUCCAAAUUCAUUUCUAUCCAACUCAUCUCAAUCAAAUUCACCUGAUUCUAAUUCACCAAAUCCUCGUGACUCUGAUUCAAAUGUUCCAUGGAAGUCUGACUCUACUAUUUUACCUGCUUCUGAUUUACCAUAUUCAUCUUAUCCCGAUCCCCUUGAUUUGUUGAAUUCAGACUCAUUAGAUUUGGAUUCAAGAAGCUUGCCAUGUCUAUCUUAUUUAAAUUCACCUGUAUCAGGCUCACCAUAUUCACCAGUUUCACCCGAGCCACCAGAUCCACAAGAUGCAUUACAUUCUCAUUCUUUACAUUUAUCAGAAUCAGAUUCAAAUUCAUCUAAAUCAGAUUUAUCAUAUCCAUCUGAUUCUGAUUCUUUAGAUCCAUCGCUUUCUAACUCAAAUGAUUCGUCUGAUUCUGUGAACAGUUUUGAUUCAAAACCUGAAUCAGAUGCACAAGAUGUGCCUGAAGCAUCUGGUUCUGAUUCAUCAGAUUUUUCCAAUUCAGAUUCGUUGGAGUCUGAUACAACCAAUUUAUUAGAUCAAUUAGAUUCUGAUUCAUCAGUGUUGCAUUCAACAGAUUGGCCAUGCUCAUGUGAUACUGAUUUAGAUCCACCAGAAUUGGAUUCAAAUUCAUUUGAAUCAGAUUCAGCAUAUUCACCUGAUCAAUCUCAUUCUGAUUCACCAAAUCCAUCACAUUUUGAUUUAUCAGCUCUAUCUUAUGAUUCAUAUUUAAAAACCUAA